GGACUGCAAUGGAAAGGUGCAACGUUUUUACGAUGAAGGUUGAUUUGAGCCUCAUCACGGUUCAUACUAUAACCUUUCAAAAGAUACAUGUUGACAUAUUAUUUAAAAGAAAUGUAAAUAUACUAUGAAACAAUGUAGAAUCAUAUUUUAAAUCCAGUUAGGAUACUUUUGAUCUGUGCAGUUUACAUGUGUGUGCAUGAGGUUUGGAGCUACGCGGUAGCUGUCAUCUCUCUUCUGUGAUUUCUCACGAAAAUAUUGCGGAAGUAAAGCGGAAGUGGUGCAAUCGUCUACUCAUCUUGAAGCAUGCUUGAAUGGAGGUCACCUUAGUUAUCGUCAAAUUGUAAAGUAGCCUACAGGAACUUGCCGUGGACGCCGCGAAUACAUCGCGUCAGUCCGGUCUGGUUUAGGUGCUAAAGCUGAAUCUUGAAUAUUAGUGAAGACUUUGCGGAGUGAGUAGGACAAACAGAGAUGGCAGCGGCACAUCAGGCACGCGUGCAAAAUGAGGUGGAAGAAAUGGUCCAAAGCCUGGAGAGGGACCACAUCCGUGUGAUGCAGGGUCGCAUGUUCAGGUGCAGUGCAGACUGCUGUGAUCGCUCCACAGACUCCAUGUCUGUGGUGCACCAGUGCAUCGAGAGGUGUCACACUCCUCUGGCCAAAGCUCAGGGACUGGUCACUUCAGAGCUAGAGAAGUUUCAGGACCGUCUGACUAGAUGCACGAUGCACUGCAACGACAAAGCGAAGGAUCUUUUUGACUCUGGUGCAAAGGAGCCAGCUGUUCGAUCACUGAUGGACAGUUGUGUGGGUAGUUGUGUAGACGACCAUGUGAACCUGCUCCCCAGUAUGACUCGAAGACUUCAAGAUAAUUUGGACUCUAUACAGCAGUAAGGAGCGGGAUGGAUGACUGUAGUCCGUCCUAAGACUCAGCCUGAGGUCAUCAUUACACAUACAGAAGCGCAGGGUCAGUCAACUCAGCCAGUUUGACCAGUAAGAACUGAAGAGUAGAGGGCUGGAACACCAUGAAAGGGUGGAGAGUAAAGUUUUUAGAAUGGGUUGUGAUGCAGAGCAUGAAGAGCUUUGACAGGUUUUAGAGGCUGUGACUCUGAAUGUUGGUGUGGAGAUUUAAAACAGCUCACUGUGAGAUUUUGUUAUUGUACUACGUGUAAUUAACAAACAGUAACCUCCCUGGAGACUGGGAGCUGAAAGUUUUGUUAGAUCUUAUCUGCAACGAGAAAGAAAUCCAAUGAUGCAUCUGGUGUCGCGUCAUUGUGUAUGAACAAGUUGCCAACUUAAACAUGCAUUAAAGUGUGCGCUUAAAAAAAAAUAAAAAUAAAAAGAAGGAAAAACUCACUCGGCGCAUAUGAGUGUCAAAUUUUAUAAUAGUUUAAAAAAAGUACACCACCCAUUGAACAUGAUCCACGUGCAUCUAUUCCUGCAUGAAGUUUUGAAUGUACUUUAUGUUCAAUUCUUCCAGCCAUAUUUAAUUUCUAAAGGUUCUUUCCUGUGUAAACCCUCUUGUCCCUCAUUUUAUUGAGUUGUUGUGAUUGUCUGACCUGACAUGUUAAGAUAUGUUUAUAUAUCUGAAUUAAAAGUACUGUAGAUGUA